GCUGCGCGGUGGCGGCGGCUGUGUGUGCGCCGCGCCCCGCCGCUCCCCGCCGGGCCCCCGAGCCCGGGGCGCACGCUCGCGCCCGGGAGGCGCAGCCAUGGCCCUGCGGAGGCUGGGGGCCGCGCUGCUGCUGCUGCCGCUGCUCGCCGCCGUGGAAGAAACGCUGAUGGACUCUACCACUGCCACUGCUGAGCUGGGCUGGAUGGUGCAUCCUCCAUCAGGGUGGGAAGAGGUGAGUGGCUACGACGAGAACAUGAACACGAUCCGCACGUACCAGGUGUGCAACGUGUUUGAGUCCAGCCAGAACAACUGGCUGCGGACCAAGUUCAUCCGGCGCCGCGGCGCCCACCGCAUCCAUGUGGAGAUGAAGUUCUCGGUGCGUGACUGUAGCAGCAUCCCCAGCGUGCCCGGGUCCUGCAAAGAGACUUUCAACCUCUACUACUAUGAGGCUGACUUUGACUCGGCCACCAAGACCUUCCCCAACUGGAUGGAGAACCCCUGGGUGAAGGUGGACACCAUCGCAGCUGACGAGAGCUUCUCGCAGGUGGACCUGGGGGGCCGGGUCAUGAAGAUCAACACCGAGGUGCGGAGCUUCGGGCCCGUCUCCCGCAGCGGCUUCUACCUGGCCUUCCAGGACUACGGCGGCUGCAUGUCCCUCAUCGCCGUGCGGGUCUUCUACCGUAAGUGCCCACGCGUCAUCCAGAACGGUGCCGUGUUCCAGGAGACACUGUCUGGGGCAGAGAGCACGUCCCUGGUGGCUGCCCGGGGCAGCUGCAUCGCCAAUGCCGAGGAGGUGGACGUGCCCAUCAAACUCUACUGCAACGGGGAUGGCGAGUGGCUGGUGCCCAUCGGCCGCUGCAUGUGCAAGGCCGGCUUCGAGGCUGUGGAGAAUGGCACCGUCUGCCGAGGUUGCCCAUCUGGAACCUUCAAGGCCAAUCAAGGUGAUGAGGCCUGUACCCACUGCCCUAUCAACAGCCGGACUACUUCAGAAGGGGCCACCAACUGCGUCUGCCGCAACGGCUACUACAGAGCAGACCUGGACCCCCUGGACAUGCCUUGCACAACCAUCCCCUCCGCCCCUCAGACGGUCAUCUCCAGCGUCAAUGAGACAUCCCUCAUGCUGGAAUGGACGCCGCCCCGCGACUCAGGCGGCCGCGAGGACCUCGUCUACAACAUCAUCUGCAAGAGCUGUGGCUCGGGCCGGGGCGCCUGCACCCGCUGCGGGGACAAUGUGCAGUACGCGCCACGCCAGCUGGGGCUGACAGAGCCACGCAUCUACAUCAGCGACCUGCUGGCGCACACCCAGUACACCUUUGAGAUCCAAGCCGUGAACGGGGUCACUGACCAGAGCCCCUUCUCGCCCCAGUUUGCCUCCGUGAAUAUCACCACCAACCAAGCAGCUCCAUCGGCCGUGUCCAUCAUGCACCAGGUGAGCCGUACCGUGGACAGCAUCACCCUGUCCUGGUCCCAGCCUGACCAGCCCAACGGCGUCAUUCUGGACUAUGAGCUUCAGUACUAUGAAAAGGAGCUCAGUGAGUUCAACGCCACAGCCAUAAAAAGCCCCACCAACACAGCCACGGUGCAGGGCCUCAAAGCCGGCGCCAUCUAUGUCUUCCAGGUGCGGGCUCGCACUGUGGCAGGCUACGGGCGCUACAGUGGCAAGAUGUAUUUCCAGACCAUGACUGAAGAUGAAGAAACUGAGCCUCAGAGAGCCGAGUACCAGACGAGCAUCCAGGAGAAGCUGCCUCUCAUCAUCGGCUCCUCGGUGGCCGGCCUGGUCUUCCUCAUUGCUGUGGUCGUCAUCGCCAUCGUGUGUAAUAGACGGGGCUUUGAGCGCGCUGACUCGGAGUACACAGACAAGCUGCAGCACUACACCAGCGGCCACAGUACGUACCCCCGCGGGCCACCUCUGCGCGUCGUCCUCACCACCUCCCUGCCUCCCUGCUUGCGGCCGCCAGACUGGCAGUCAGUGACACCAGGAAUGAAGAUCUACAUUGACCCUUUCACCUAUGAAGAUCCCAAUGAGGCCGUCCGGGAGUUUGCCAAGGAAAUUGACAUCUCCUGCGUCAAAAUAGAGCAGGUGAUUGGAGCAGGGGAGUUCGGCGAGGUAUGCAGUGGUCACCUAAAACUGCCUGGCAAGAGAGAAAUCUUUGUGGCCAUCAAGACCCUCAAGUCGGGCUACACGGAGAAGCAGCGUCGGGACUUCCUGAGUGAGGCCUCCAUCAUGGGCCAGUUCGACCACCCCAAUGUCAUCCACCUAGAGGGCGUAGUCACCAAGAGCUCACCCGUGAUGAUCAUCACUGAGUUCAUGGAGAACGGCUCCUUGGAUUCCUUCCUUCGGCAAAAUGAUGGGCAGUUCACAGUCAUCCAGCUGGUGGGCAUGCUGCGGGGCAUUGCGGCGGGCAUGAAGUACCUUGCGGACAUGAACUAUGUGCAUCGAGACCUGGCCGCCCGCAACAUCCUGGUCAACAGCAACCUGGUGUGCAAGGUCUCAGACUUCGGGCUAUCCCGCUUCCUGGAGGACGACACCUCUGACCCCACCUACACCAGUGCCCUGGGUGGGAAGAUCCCCAUCCGCUGGACAGCUCCAGAAGCCAUCCAGUACCGGAAGUUCACCUCGGCCAGUGACGUAUGGAGCUAUGGGAUCGUCAUGUGGGAGGUGAUGUCCUACGGGGAGCGGCCCUACUGGGACAUGACCAACCAGGACGUCAUCAACGCCAUAGAGCAGGACUACCGGCUACCACCGCCCAUGGACUGUCCAAGCGCUCUGCACCAGCUCAUGCUGGACUGCUGGCAGAAGGAUCGCAACCACAGGCCCAAGUUCGGCCAGAUUGUCAACACACUCGACAAGAUGAUCCGCAACCCCAACAGCCUCAAAGCCAUGGCGCCUCUCUCAUCAGGGAUCAACCUGCCCCUACUGGACCGCACGAUCCCCGACUAUACCAGCUUUAACACAGUGGACGAAUGGCUGGAGGCCAUCAAGAUGGGGCAGUACAAGGACAGCUUCGCCAGCGCCGGCUUCACCUCCUUUGAUGUCGUGUCACAGAUGAUGAUGGAGGACAUUCUCCGUGUCGGGGUCACCUUGGCUGGCCACCAGAAAAAAAUCCUGAACAGCAUCCAGGUGAUGCGGGCACAGAUGAACCAGAUCCAGUCGGUGGAGGUUUGACGGUUGCCUGCCUCAGCUCACCUCUUCCUCCGGGCCCACCCCACCCCCCCACAUGCCAGCCUCCCUGGUUCUCCGUCCACCGCAGGGCCUGCCACCCUCCAGGAGGCCACGGGCCACAGGAAGAACCCAGCGGUGUGCCUGGCUCGAGACGUCACUAAGAACCCGUGCAACUCGGAUGAUGGGAAAGCAAGGAAUGGGGGUGCGAGCAAACAGAUCCUGGGAGGGGCAGGGGAGACAAGGAAUAGUUUUCAAAGAGGAUUCUCAUAAGGAAAGCGAUUAUUGUUCUUGGGGAGGAAAAGGGCCUGGGGGAUCCAUGCGGCUUUUCCAGAGACCAAAAGCAGUUUCUCUCCGGCUCCCUCCGGGAAGGUGGCCUGCU